CGAGCUAAGGCAAGCUUGCUCGCACGCUCCCUCGCUCGCUUGCGUGCGUGCGGUCCCUGGGCUCACGCGAUUGUCGAAAUGACGCCCUCUGCCGUUUCCGUCACACCGCCCUACGGUAGCUCAUAAGACCAGACGCGCGAGGACACAGCAGACCUCGAGCUCGUGGGACCGUGGUCGCCGUCCGUGUAUCAUCCAUCCCAUCUACGUAUCCUUCUUCGAUGCUGUCCUUGCCACUCAAUCUAGGGUCAUGGCGGUGCCAUCGUGGCGGAUCGUAAACGGUGACGAGGCGUCUGGUCAUGGUCGAAUAGUACCUCUAGAGACGGCGCCAACAUCUACAGCAGCCCCAAGCAUAUCAUCUCCACGACUGCCCCCUUUCACAUACCUACCGCCAGAGCUGCGGCUGCGCAUCUACAACUGCGCCAUCGAGCCUCGUCUCCUGCUGCUGAACGAUCUCGUCGACGUCGAGUGCGCCCACCCGCUGCCGGCGGUCACCCAAGUCAAUUCAGAAGCACGCAUUGAAGCACGCGGUGGCUAUGAGCGGGUAGGCAAGGGAUCCUACUUCAACUUUGCACGAGACAUAUUGGUCUGCGACUAUCGCAUCGCGGACCGGACGACUUUUGACUCGGUAGCCGAGGACAUUGCAUCGCGCGCUGAGCGUGUCGUCUUCUGGGACUGUGUCCCGGACGAGCAGAGAAUCGCCCUACCAAAACACUACUUUGACUAUGUGUCUCAGUGGUGCGACCAGGACGUCGACGGGCGAGUCACGCUCGACAGGUUCUGGUUCCCCAACGUGAAGGAAUUCUGGUCUGUCAAAGUGGGCGAUGUGGCGCGAAGCUGGCACGUGAACUUUGACAAGAGCGCGCCCUGCAGCGAGCGCAUACAACAAGCCGCGCGCGAGUAUCGAUACUGGGUGGACGCCAACGUCGUCGAAGUGGCGACGCUGGACCUGAGCCAGGAUGCCAUGUCGCGACUGGUCCUGCGAGAAGGACGAUGCGAUAACGACAAUUGCCAGAGGUACAAUGUGGGGAGGACACACAUCCUCUCCAAAGUCAACUUUAUGGACGGCGACUACUGUCCACCGGACGACGGGCGAGAAUGGUACCAUGUUCGAUUAUCCGAGGAGACAAGGUGCGAGGUGGAUGGGUGUCGUGCUGCGGCCGCGAGGCUGCGAUGGUCGUUGGUGGAGAGAAGCUUCACAUUCUUCUUGCGCUGGGACUGGCCGAUGGACAUGGCUGGAGUGGCAAGGAAGCGCAACCGCUUGGAAUACACUGGCCACAGCCAUGGUCUGUAUUCGUCGCAUUGACCUGGUUGGUCUUGCAAAGGACCUGGGAUACCUGUACUGUUAGAGAGAAAGUUCUUGGCACGCGCGAUGAGGCAC